CAAGGGAGAGAGAGAAGGAGAGAAGCUUUGCUUUUGCUAUUUAUUGUGUUGUGUGGAGUAGAGCCUAUAAAAAUAUCGAACGAGAUGAUAUCUUGUCGCUCUUCUUGUUGGUAAGUUGUAAUCUCCAUGAGAGCUCUGGUUUGGAGAUUCGAGAUCUGUUACCAAGUUUGAAUUCGAAAAGGAAGGAAAGAAAGAAGAGAUCCAUCUUAAUCUCACGCAGACUUUAGGUGAGAUCUCCAUUUUUUACUGGCUUUCAAAGUUAUACGUACUAGACGAAAUUCAUGAUCUCUGUGUGUCGUUUCAAUUCGCAUAUUGCAGUAGGAACGUAGAGAAGAGGAAUUGAAUCGAUAUCGGAUUUUGUGUUUUGGGUUUUGUUUAGACUUGAUCAUGCAGCCUUGCAGUAGAGAAAUGCAAGGAAUGGCUUCCCUAUCUCAAAUGGCUCUUCAGGAGCUCCAAAAUGGUCAGCAACAGCAGCAGCAGAUGCCCAACCCGCAGCAGAUGCACCAGGUUCAAGGUUCCCACUUCGAUCACUCCUCUCACGAUGAUUUUCUCGAGCAAAUGCUCUCUAAUCUCCCUUGGACUGACCUUCCUGGAAACCCUAAAUCUCCCUGGGACCUUAACCCUCAAAACCCUAACGGCAACGCCGCACCCAACAAUAACGGCACCAAUAACACUGCCACCAAUCAGAAGCUCUUUAACAUCCCAAUCGGCGCUUCAAACGGGAAACCCAGAGACUUAACCGAAGACCAGUCGUCGUCGCAACCGGAAAGCCUUCACUACGGUUUCGACGACUCCACGCUCCUCGCGUCACGUCUCCGUCAGCACCAGAUAAGCGGGAAUUCUCCGGCAGCCAAAUCGAUGGCUUUUCAGCAACAGUUACUUCUUUCGAGGGGUGUUGGCGGUGGCGCUGGAAUGCCGAGAUUGCCGACGUCUGUUCCCGGAGCUGCCUCUCUCGGCGCCGAGUCGGGGCUUCUGCAGCUUCCAUUAAGCUUAGGCAGUGCUGAUUCCUCUGAUUCCCGCCUCCUCGUCGACCGAUCCCGCGACGAUGUUGUCGAUGCUUCCUUUAAAUCACCAAACCCCAACGGAGAGGCUUCUGUUCAAGGGCUCUAUAACGGAUUCGCCGGAUCUCUGCCUCGAACCGGUCAGACACCAAACCAGCAGCAUUUCCACCAUCUUCAGACCGGAUCGAUGUCAACACAAAAUUUCGGUGCACCGGCAGCGACGGGAAUGAACCAAGCACCGCCAGCGGCGGGGGCGCCAGCAGGUGGCGCCGCUCCCCAGCGGCAGAGAGUUAGGGCGAGGAGAGGCCAGGCUACCGACCCACACAGCAUCGCCGAAAGAUUACGGAGGGAGAGAAUCGCAGAAAGAAUGAAAGCUCUGCAGGAACUUGUGCCCAAUGCCAAUAAGACUGACAAGGCAUCGAUGCUGGACGAGAUCAUCGACUACGUGAAAUUCCUCCAGCUUCAAGUCAAGGUUCUGAGCAUGAGCAGAUUGGGCGGUGCAGCAGCUGUUGCUCCCCUCGUGGCUGAUAUUUCCUCCGAUGGAGGAGGUGACUGUAUUCAGGCGAGUGGAGGACGGAGCGGUAACGGCAACCAGACGGCGUCGUCGAACGACAGCCUAACGAUGACGGAGCAUCAGGUGGCGAAGCUAAUGGAGGAGGACAUGGGGUCGGCGAUGCAAUACUUGCAAGGGAAAGGCCUCUGUCUCAUGCCAAUCUCCCUUGCCACCGCCAUCUCAACCGCCACGUGUCACACCAGGAACCCGACCAAUGGCAACAACCCUCUUCUCUCCUCCAACGCCGAGGGCCCUUCGUCACCCAGCUUGUCCGUUCUGACUGUGCAGUCGGCGACUAUGGGGAACGGAGGGGGAGAGGCUUCCGUUAAAGACGCCACCUCCGUUUCAAAACCGUGAGAAGAACAAGGAAAGAAGACUGGCCGACAGACACAGAAGGAGAGAAACGUGUGCUGAACAACCAAGGGAAAAGAAAAAGAAAGGUUGAGAAAAAGGAAAGGGAAGUUUGAAGGGGGGCGUCAAGUCUACUAAAAUAAGGUGGUCUCUGGUGUUUGACGCCGUAUUUACAUAGACUUGGCUUUGUAGUACAACUUCCACCCAAACCCGAGAACCAUUUUUAAUCCUUCUCUCUCUGCUUACUGCUUCUUCAGUUGUUUAUUAAUUUAUUUUUGUUUAUUUUAAUUUUGUCGUUUUAUUAUGAAGUGAAAUGUUUAAUCUAAAUAAAAUGAUAAUUAUGGCGAUGAUUAAAAUUA